UUCCUCAACAUCCUGCAGGAGAAGAUGCUCCUGAAGUCGGACAGAAAGAUGCCGUCCAGCGUGCUGGGACUCCUGGUCCUGUCCUGCGCCUGUUCAGCAAUGCUGCUCCCAAACAUGACCAGAAACCUGCUCCAGGAUGAAGACGGCUCCACGCCUGACCCCAACACCUUACGCUGGCCUGGACAGGAAGACGACCAGUCGUCGGUUCAGCCCCCCCAAUGGGCCAACAAGGCCCGCAGUGGCCCCCUGCCCCUUCUGCCCCCCGCCGGGAACAACACCGGCUACGUUGACGGGCUGCGGACGUUAUCCACCGGCGUGCCCACGUUCCCAGAGCCCGACACCACCAUCUGCGACAUGCUGUUCAGCCAGCCGGUGCCGCCGUCCAUCGACCAGAUCCCCUUCUUCUGUAUCUGCUCCUACUGCAAAGGAACCGUGGGGCCCAAAGGAGACCGCGGAGACCGGGGUCCCCCAGGUGAACCUGGAAGUCCUGGAAUGAGAGGAAUGAUGGGAUUCAAAGGCUACCGAGGAUUCACGGGACCCCAGGGCAUAAAGGGUCAGAAAGGAGACGGGGGAGAGAAAGGGCAGACCGGUCCGUCUGGAUUCACUGGAACCAAGGGCGAGCGAGGGUUCAAAGGAGAGAAAGGCGACCAAGGACUGAUGGGGCCCCCAGGCAGUCAAGGUCCCCAAGGAGAAAUGGGCAUGUGCCCCGCCUCCUGCGAGAGUGUCCCAGGCGCACCGGGUCUGCAGGGGCCACCCGGACCGGCCGGGGCCCGCGGCCUUCCUGGGGUGCAGGGAGUUAUGGGUCCCAAGGGUGGGCAGGGUGACAAGGGUGACACGGGGGUGGCCGGGGAGCCCGGUUUAAACGGUCAGAAAGGUGAUCAGGGGGAGCAGGGCAUCUGUGAGUGCACGGAUGGAGCAGACGGGGCUAACGGCGCCCCGGGAGAGAAGGGGAGCAAAGGAGAAAAGGGGGAGACUGGUGCUCAAGGUAUACAGGGUCCAGUAGGUUUGAAGGGAGAUCAUGGGGUUAUGGGCCUGAUGGGGCCCCCCGGCCCCUGCUCCCCGGCCAUCCAGUCAGCUUUCUCUGCGUGUCUCAACGAGUCCUUCCCGAGGGAGAACUGGCCCGUGCUGUUCAACGACGUCCUGACCAAUCAGCAGAGGCACUUUGACCCCACCAUGGGCAUGUACACCGCGCCCGUCAACGGCACCUACGUCUUCUCCUUCCACCUGGCGACCCGGCAGAAGCCGCUCAAAGUCGGCCUCUUCCGAAACUUCUACCCGGUGGUGAGAGUGACGGAGGCGUCGAGCCAGGCCACGGCCAGCCACACGGCGGUCCUCCACCUCGCCAUGGGCGACCAGGUGUGGCUGCAGGUGAAGGACUCUCUGACCAACGGCAUGUACACCGACGGCGAGAGCAAGAGCACCUUCUCCGGCUACCUGCUGCACCCCGACUCCUGCGACGCCGCCUUGGGCAGGUUCUUCAUGAAGCCGCACCCCACAGGCGGCUUCAGCUGGGACGGCCCCGGCGGUCACACCACCGCUUCCCCGCCGUAGGCUCCACCCACCGGCAGAUGAUUAGGCGCAGUGUCAACAGCCAAUCAAAUUCUCCGUGUGUUCGUUCCGGCACGUUUUAAAGGAGGGGCGUCUCUGGAAGAGGUGGCAGAUACUCAAGGCUGAUGCAGGUUGUUAUGGUCCACAGUUCAGGCAAUGCAUGUUGGGAUAAUUAGUGUUUAAAUCAUGACUUUAUGGUCAAUAUUACGUUUCACAGCGAUAUUUUCCAACCUUGUGAAGCCCGGCCAAUCAUCUCAUGGCUGCUAUUCGAAGAUUAUCCUCAAAUAUUUGAUUUAUCACCAAAUUAAGCAGGAUUUUGCUUUGAAUCACCCAACCCUGUGGUGUGAUGCUUUUAUUUGGCACAUUAGCCCUAUCUGCUUAGUAAAACAGCAGGAAAUUCAACAUUUGGCUUUUUAACCUCGACCAGAUUGACCUAACUACAUUUGCUUCUUCUCAAAGUAUAUUAUUUAAAUGUUGUAGAGUUUAAAAUCUUAUUGAUGACCUAAUAUUCUAACAUGCAAGGCAGAUAUUUUGUGCAAGGCGUAGUGACACAGAGAAGCUGAUUAGAUGGGAUCGUUUGCAGGGAUUUGUCGUUUUCUCUGUCAGGGACUCUGGGAUCUGAAGGAAUGUGAACUUCAGCUCUUUAUUGGGUCACAAAUACUGAACUGUUAAUAAAAGGACAUGAGAAAAAGCUUCUAUUACACGUUUGGAGGAGGGCUUCAUGUUCUCCCUGUGCAUGGCUGGGUCCUCUCCGGGUACUCCGGCUUCUUCCCACAGUCCAGAAACACGACUGUUGGCUUAACUGGUCUGUCUAAAUUGUCCUUAGGUGUGAGUUUGUUGUCCUGCGUGUCUCUGUGCUGCCCUGUGAUGUGUCUGGGUGGAGACCAAAACCUCAGAGACCCGUCGAUAAAGCUUCUGUAUGAAGGGGAAACUGUGAGAUGAAGGGAAGAAGAAGCGCGCCACUCCUCCUUUUAAACGUGCGGAUGAAAGCACACUUCUGAUUCGACACUGCGUCUAACGUAGGCUUAUUGCUGGCUGCACACCUUUAAGGUGAGCUGUAGAGGUUCAGGCUCGCUCCAACGGGAAACACUUUCAGCGCACUUUGCAAACGUAGAGUUGAUUUGCAUUUAAUUACUAAGAUCUGCUUUAUUUUAUUUUAGGAAUAUCAUAUUCAUAUAUAUAUUGCCCUUUGAAAUGAUGCAUGAAUAAAAGCAGAGCAAAGCUUCCACCUUGUUUUUCAGACAAUACCUAAAGUGCACCUUGUAAAUGUGUGUGAUGACUGUUUUUUAAUGGAUUCUGUAAUUUUGAAUAAAUCUAACCGGUUGAAAAUUGGAGCACCUGAGCCCCGCUCACUGACCAUCA